GUUAACUACUUACUGCACCAAUGAUUGCAUAUGUGCAGUGAUUGGGGAACUCGUUUUCCUGUAGGCUCGCUUUCUGCUGCUGUCCAUAUCAGAAGCUUAACAAGAUGUCGUUAAGCCGCUCGGGAUUGCGUUUGCUGGCGCGGUGCGCGAGUGGCAGCGCUCACGCGGGCCAAUCUGGUCUGGCACCGACAGCGUUUCGACGGAACCUAGCGACCGGUGGCGAUGAGAAGGUAGUGACCCUCGAGCGGCAGAACGCCGAGCUCCAAAAGCAGCUGGCAGCCAUGCAGCAGCAGCUUGCGGAUAUGAAGGGGACACAGCCGAGGGUUGCCGCCCCGCCUCCGCCGGGGUCUCCGGCUGGGCGCGACCUCGGCUCCCCUGCCUCCACCUCGGCAGCCGCGGCUGCUGCCACCGAACCUGCGGCUGCGAAAUCCGCUACCUCUACCUCCACGUCCAGCUCCUCUGCCUCGGACGCCUCCGCCGCCUCUAGCGCGGCGUCGCAGGCGGAACCGUCCGCCGACCCCGAUGCCGGCUACGUGCACGGGCACUUCUCGCGGACGGAGCAGAUGCAGAAGCUGCAGCCCAUCCUGGAGCAGGCGGAGCGGCGCCACGCGUACGAGGGGCUCACAGCAGGCGGCACUGGCAACGGCGCGUGGAGCUACCUUUACGAUAACCCAUUUGCGCGCGUGUCGGGCGUGCUGCUGCAGCCGGUGCGGCAGGUGCUGCGCAGCGUGGUGCUGCCGGGCGUGCUGGCGCGGCUGCAGACCAUGGCGGAGCGCAUGGUGCGGGAGGAGGUGGAGCACGACUUCGACGCGGAGGAGUUCCUGGAGGGCGUGCGCGACGCGGUGCCGGCCUUCUAUGAGGCGGUUGCAGCCAACGACCUAGACACGCUCCGCCGCAUGGCCUCGUCGAAGGCAGUGGACGCGGUGGAGCGGGACCGCAAGCGGCUGUUGGAGGAGUCGGGCCUGGUGGUGCGCUCCGUGGCGGCACACGUGACGCACGCGGCCAUUGGCGGCGUCAACCUGUGGGGACCCGCCUCCAUGCGGGCCUUCGCACCGGAGUGGCUGGAGCCCAGCACUAGCGGCGGCAGCAGUGGAGGCAGCAGCAGCAGCGACAGCAAGAGCGUGAAGGGGCAACCGCAGCCGACCAAGGCGGCGGGCGCGGGUGCCGGCAAGGACGCCAGCACGAGCGGGUCAGCGAAGACGGACGCGCCCGCCACCAGCGCCAAGAAGAGCAAAAGCAGCAGCGCUGAUGAUGUGACCAAAUCGUGGCUGGUGAUGGUGGUUUCGUUGGAUGUGAAGCUGGACGUGGCGUACGGUCUGGUGGGCGUGCAGGGCUCAGGCAACGACGGGGGAAGCAGUGGCAGUGGGAGCAGCGGCGACAUGGAGGCGAGCAGUGUGGUGCGGCGGAACGGAACGUGGCUGCUGGCACGUGGACCGCUGCCCAAGGGCGCAGUCAACAACCUAGACAGUCCAUGGCGAGUGCUGGCCUGGUGGUGAGCAGUUUAGUGCAGGUGUGGUGGGCCAUUGUUGGUUGUUGGCGUUUUGUAGGAUAAGUAGGCAGGAAUUAAGAAAGAGGCUGAGCAGCUGUUAACGUGGCGAGCAUCAGCUCAGGCUGACGGCAUAGAAGCAGGGUGCUGAAGAUUACUCCAAUACGGAUCGUUCGAUUAUGGU